UUUGUAAAAUUACCUCUUUAUAAUGAAAUUCAUCUUUGUUAUGUUUCUAGUUACGGCUUCUGCUUUUUCAUAAACAAGGGUUGUUGAUAAUGGAGAAAAUCAAUGGCUAAACGGAGAUGGCAAUCAUCAACGAAAAUUCCAACCUUUUUUAUGGGUUUCACCUCCAAAUUACCCAAGGCUUUGGUUCAAUCAGAAAUUGCAGUUUCAACAAUUGACUUUUUUCCGGAUAUAUAUUUUGCUGUUGAUUUGCAGGAUUUUUUGUUUUUUAACUAUAGUUAGAUAAAUAGUUAAGGAAAUUAAUUUUAAAAGAUUGACUGAAUCAGACUUAGAGGGAUCUGUACUGGCUCCCAUUUUCCCUAUAUAAAGGGAAAUCACAAGCUUCUCAAAUUACUAUUAAAGUGGCUUUAAUAGUCUUGAUCCUUUUUACAUAAUAUAUUAAUAUUAAUUCUUGAUUGCCUCCGCCUCCGGUCUGGUAGGUCGGUCGCCCUCUAGCUGUGUUUCCCUUGCCACAACUUGAAUACAUCAAUAUGAAGGAUCCAACGCAAGUCAAAAUCUUGUCCAAAAGCCUCAUAAAACCAUCAUCACCAACACCAAACCACCUCAAAAAUUACAAGUUAUGUUUCUUUGAUCAAGUGGCUGACACAGUACACAUACCUCUUGUUCUUUUCUAUCCUCAUGGUAACAAUAACUCAAAAAAUGAAGAGCUGGAAGAGUCCUUGUCGAGGGUUUUAACCCAUGCUUACCCUUUAGCCGGUAGAUUCAGUACAGAAGAUGAAUCCACUGUUCUGUGUCUCGAUCAAGGUGUAACUUACAUAAAAGCAACGGUCAAUUGUAAGCUCGACGAUUUUCUCCAACAAACAAAAGAAGACCUUGAUCCAGUAUUGUCAUUUUGGCCUCAGGGUAUUAUGGAUGUGGACGAGACGAAUAUAUUCGUCAUGCCACUUAUGGUUGUGCAAGUCACAACGUUCGAAUGUGGUGGCCUAGCUCUAGGUUUUAGCUGUGCACACCCUGCUAUGGAUGGAUUCACGGCUUUCACAUUCAUUUACGAAUGGGCCAAAGUGUGCAAAUUUGGAACUCCUUGUAAGGAGAUCAACAACUUCAUGAGCUUCAAUUUGGGAACUCUUUUCCCUGUCAAGGAUUUAACUGCCAUUCUUGAGCCUCCUAUUAAUGAAGGCAAACGUCCAAAAUCUAAGUUGGUUGCGAGAAAGUUUGUAUUCGAGGAAGCUGCAAUAUCAAGGCUCAGAGAGAAAUUUGAUUCAGAAGGUUUGAGUUUCAAACCUUCACGAGUUGAGAUGAUAACAACACUUCUCUGGAGGUCUCUAAUCCGUGCAGCUGGAGCUGGAAAUCCGCAUUUGAAACGGUCUAUAAUAGCCUUUCCAUUUAACUUGCGUGGUAAGGUUUUAGCUUUUCCUGAAAUUGCAAACUCUUUUGGGAAUUUAAUCAUUGAAAUUCCUAUAAGAUUUGAACAUGAUGAUGAGACAAAGAUGGAGUCUUUACAUCACAUUGUAAAACUAAUAAGAGAGACAGUUCAAGAGACUACGAGUUACUGUGCCAAAAGUACUCCAGAUGAGAUAGCUUCUCUUGUUGUCAACUUAUACAAGGAUAGUUAUUCUGGAUUAGAAUGGGGAGGAAACAAUGAAGUUGUGAAUUUCACAAGCUCAAGUCUAUGCAGGUUUCCCAUACAUAAAGUUGAUUUUGGUUGGGGAAAACCAAGUUUAAUGCAUUUUGGCUCAAGGCAUAGUCAAAUGUUUUGGUUAUACGAUACAGAAUGUGAAACUAGCAUUGCUGUGCAAAUAGAUUUGGAGGAAAAGUACAUGAACUCCUUUGUCCGUGACCAAGAUAUCAUGGAUUUUGCUAAAUUUUAGGCUUUCCAAUUAAUGUCUCUUACUUUCCUUUAACUCUCUCUGUUUGUAUUUUCUUUAAGGGAAUAAUAAAUGAAUUGCAUAUUUUGAUAUAA